GCCCGGGCAGAUCGCGUGUUGGUGUCAUGGCGGCCUGCAGGCAUUGCUGUUCGUGCCUCCGGCUCCGGCCGCUGAACCACGGUCCCCUCCGUCUGCCAGGGCGGGAUCGGGCACUCACCCAGUUGCAGGUGCGAGCACUCUGGGGUGGCGUGGGGUCCCGAGCCGUGGCUGUGGACUUAGGCAACAGAAAAUUAGAAAUAUCCUCUGGAAAACUGGCCAGAUUUGCAGAUGGCUGUGCUGUAGUACAGUCAGGUGACACUGCCGUGAUGGUCACAGCAGUCAGUAAAACAAAACCUUCUCCUUCCCAAUUCAUGCCUUUGGUGGUUGACUAUAGACAGAAGGCUGCUGCAGCAGGUAGAAUUCCCACAAACUAUCUUAGACGAGAAACUGGAUCUUCUGAUAAAGAAAUUCUUACAAGUCGCGUAAUAGAUCGUUCAGUUAGACCUCUGUUUCCAGCUGGCUACUUUUAUGAUACACAGAUCCUUUGUAAUCUGUUAGCAGUAGAUGGUGUUAAUGAACCUGAUGUCCUAGCAAUUAAUGGUGCUUCCGCAGCCCUCUCAUUAUCAGAUAUUCCUUGGAAUGGACCAAUUGGGGCAGUACGAGUAGGAAUGAUUGAUGGAGAAUGUGUUGUAAACCCAACACGAAAAGAAAUGUCUUUCAGUACUUUAAAUUUAGUGGUUGCUGGAGCACCUAAAAGUCAGAUUGUCAUGUUGGAAGCCUCUGCAGAGAACAUUUUACAGCAGGACUUUUGCCACGCUAUCAAAGUGGGAGUAAAAUAUACCCAACAAAUAAUUCAGGGUAUCCAGCAGUUGGUAAAAGAAAUUCGUGUUACCAAGAGGACCCCUCAGAAGUUGUUUACUCCUUCGCCAGAGAUUAUAAAACACACUAAUAAAUUUGCCAUGGAAAGACUCUAUGCAGUUUUUACAGAUUAUGAACAUGAUAAAAUUUCCAGAGAUGAAGCUGUUAACAAGAUAAGAUUGGAUACAGAAGAACAACUGAAAGAAAAAUUUCCAGAAGUUGAUCCAUAUGAAAUAAUAGAAUCCUUCAAUGUUGUUGCAAAGGAGGUUUUUAGAAGUAUUAUUUUGAAUGAAUACAAAAGGUGUGAUGGUCGAGAUUUGACUUCACUUAGGAAUAUACAUUGUGAGGUAGAUAUGUAUAAAAUUCUUCAUGGAUCAGCAUUAUUUCAAAGGGGACAAACACAGGUGCUUUGUACUGUUACAUUUGAUUCAUUAGAAUCCAGUAUUAAAUCAGACCAAAUUGUAACAGCCAUUAAUGGGGUAAAAGAUAAAAAUUUCAUGCUGCACUAUGAGUUUCCUCCUUAUGCAACUAAUGAAAUUGGCAAAGUCACUGGUGUAAAUAGAAGAGAACUUGGGCAUGGUGCUCUUGCUGAGAAAGCUUUGUAUCCUGUUAUUCCCAAAGAUUUUCCUUUUACCAUAAGAGUCACAUCUGAAGUCCUAGAAUCAAAUGGAUCAUCUUCUAUGGCAUCUGUAUGUGGAGGAAGUUUAGCAUUAAUGGAUGCAGGGGUUCCAAUUUCAUCUGCUGUCGCAGGUGUGGCAGUAGGAAUGGUCACCAAAAACAAUCCUGACAAGGGUGAAAUAGAAGAUUAUCGUUUGCUGACAGAUAUUCUGGGAAUUGAAGAUUACAGUGGUGACAUGGAUUUCAAAAUAGCUGGCACUUCUAAAGGAAUAACUGCUUUACAGGCUGAUAUUAAAUUACCUGGAAUACCAAUAAAAAUUAUAAUGGAGGCCAUCCAACAAGCCUCAGUGGCAAAGAAGGAGAUAUUACAGAUUAUGAACAAAACUAUUUCAAAACCUCGAGCAUCAAGAAAAGAAAAUGGACCUGUUGUAGAAACUGUUCAGGUUCCAUUAUCAAAACGAGCAAAAUUUGUUGGACCAGGUGGAUAUCAUUUAAAAAAGCUUCAGGCUGAAACAGGAGUAACUAUUAGUCAAGUAGAUGAAGAAACAUUUUCUAUAUUUGCACCAACACCCAGUGCUAUGCAUGAAGCAAGAGACUUCAUUACUGAAAUCUGCAAAGAUGAUCAAGAGCAGCAGUUAGAAUUUGGAGCAGUGUAUACCGCCACAAUAACUGAAAUCAGAGACACUGGAGUAAUGGUUAAACUGUAUCCAAAUAUGACUGCAGUACUACUUCAUAACACACAGCUUGAUCAACGAAAGAUUAAACAUCCCACUGCUCUAGGAUUAGAAGUUGGCCAGGAAAUUCAGGUUAAGUACUUUGGACGUGAUCCAGCUGAUGGACGAAUGAGGCUUUCUCGUAAAGUGUUACAAUCUCCAGCUACAAACACUGUCAAAACUCUAAAUGACAGAAGCAGCAUUGUAAUGGGAGAAUCUGUUUCACAGUCAUCAUCUAAUUCUUCCUAGUAAUUUUUUUAAUGAGAAUUCUAGGGUGAUACUCUGUAGAACAAAACUUCAGUAAUAUCUUUUAAUGUAACAUGUAGAUUUAUAUAUAGUAUAAAUAUUCUAAUUAUUUGUAUUAAAAUGCUCAUUUUAUGUGUUCA